UUAUCCCCAUCCUUACCCCCAUCUCUCAUCUGAUGCUAUUUCCAACUCCAGGAGAAAUUGGAUUGUGGAAUAUACUGCCCCUAAGAACCUUCUAAGAGCGGUACAAAGAAUAGCAUGGCAGAGGUCCUGCCUAGAGAUGGGCAGUGCUAGGGAGACAGAGGCCCUGCAGUUGCUGAACCAAGAAGCUGUCCCUGAAGAUGCUGACAAGCCCAUCACCAGCUCACCUUGUGAUUGUAAAAAAAACAGCUGCCUCCAAAACGUCAGCUGUGCAAGCGGAGAUUUCACCAUGAGGAACUGCUGUGUAAAUGAACUUGGCACCAAAGACAGCAGCCAAAAAGUUGCCAUGGUGGAUAACCCAAAUCAGAAAGAGAAGGCUCAAGCUGUGGAUCCAAAGUCUUCUGUAGAUCUAGUUGCUGCUGCUGCUGAGCCCCCCCUUCUAAAAAACACAGGUGUUGGAGGAACUCCCCCAGAAGCAAAAGGAGAAGCUGCAGCUUGCCACGAGUGGAAACAGAACAGUAAGCAGGAUGAGAGGAUGGAGGAGAUCUCAAAUAGCACAGUGACCAUCUGCAGCUCUCUGGGAAAAAAAGUUAGCCCUGUUGCCGGAGAAGCAUGUAGGCAUCUCCCAACAGAGCCCUGCCUCAAAGGACCCAAUAAAGACUCAUCCAGCACACCAACCUCCCUGAAACAUGUUGCAUUUUUUGAACCCACCACAGGCAAAGCUAAGGAGGAAUGUAGCCAAAUAAAAACAGUUCAUUCCAAGAUGGGUUCAACACUUCCUGCAUGCCUGCAAAACACAAGUCAAGGGCAGCCUCUUGCCUCUAAAGGAGAUAAAUCACACAUCAGCAGUGAAGCUAUGGAAUACGGGAAAGAAGAUUCCAGAAGUCUCUUUGGGUCAGACGCUAUGAAGGAGUCUAUUCUGGAACCCUCUAAAGCUGAAACCACCUCAGAGAGGUCAGCCAAGCCUGUUGCGGCAAAGAAUCCUUUGAGUGAUACUGAGGAAACAAGGUUCCCUGUUGCAGAAACUCACCCACCUGGAAGCUCCAAUAAAGUGCCAGAUGUCCUUGUCACCAGCAUUUCUUAUGAAGUCAAACAUCAAGGCACAUCAGGUGAAUUAGAAUCAAGCCCAGUUGAAUCCAUGGAAGAGAAAACAGGGCACAGGGAAGCAACAAUCUCCAGCUGCAAAAGUCAGGACCAAGCUCAUGGGAAAAAGGUGGAGAUGAUUAGCAGAGCUACAAGUGAGGAACAUGCAACCAAUGAGGAGAUGACAUCUGUAGGACAUCUUGCCCAGACCUGCAUAUUGGAAGUCACGCCUCCCCAGCAUGAUGCUGGAACUCAGGUUGAUAAUCGGGUAUCUUUGGUGUCUGUAGCCAUCAGCCCUAUUAAUCCACCUGAUGGCUCUUCAGCUUUCCCAUUUCAUACAAGAGGUUUAGGGACUUCUCUGAAGAGUCCUGGUCCAGAGGAGAAACCCACAAAAAGGGAUGUGGAGAUGCAAGUGUCCAUCCCAGUGGAGACCAGGUCAGUGGCCACGGGACCUAUGACUCCGGUAACCAAAUCCCCUCAAUCAUCCUAUCCUGAAGUGCACAUUAAGAGUGCAGAGGAAGAGACAUCGGAGCCAAUACGGGAGGUCAGCUGGGAUGAAAAGGGGAUGACAUGGGAAGUAUAUGGAGCCUCCAUGGAGGUAGAAGUGCUGGGAAUGGCCAUACAGAAGCAUCUGGAGAAGCAGAUCGAAGAACAUGGUCGGCAGAUGGUGAUGACUCCCCAGAGUACCCGCUCCAGUUCUGUCAAGGCUGCCUCACGCAAGGGUGAGAUCAAGAGGCAGCCCAGUGUGUUCAGGGCGCUCCUACAGAAUGUACGACGGCCGCGCUGCUGCUCUCGUGGAGGCCCCGCUGUGGAGUGAAAUGUGUUCUUGUCAUUUUCUUGGGUUUUUAUUGUAGCUGGAAAAUGCAAAUAUUAUGUAGUUUCUCAGGCAAGGGGGGAGGGAAUGAUCCCUUUUUAAUAUUUUAAAACUGUAAUGUUAUGGCACCUCUAUCUACUGCUCUUCAAGUGGCAUAUUUUAAAAAUGUUGGCAAAGUACUGAACUAUAAGCUUGAUAAGUUUGGCUGGAGAGCUUUGAGCCCCGCCCCGUGAUAGGUGUUUUCAUAUACACCUGAAGAACUUACACAUUCCUGAGAGCAGCACUUAUACCUGCUGCUUACACCCCGAGUGCAAUUUUCAUGCUGGUUGUGUAAUCUCCACAAUGACAAAAUACAAAGGUCUCAACAACCUAUUUACUAUAGGAUGGAGAUCAUCUUUGGGAUUUUGCUGCCCAAUUGAUACAGCCCUCUGAUAGCCCACGCUUGUCAUUUUAAAAUAAUCACACGAUCACACUGACAUCUCUGAAAACAAAGUCAUCCAAGAUAUAAGGGAAUGGCCAUCUUUAAGUAUUUGGGAUCCUCCACAAACAGAAGAAGCUACAGUAUCUAUUUAAAUGAAGCACGUUUUAAAACAACCACUGUGGUUUUAACCACUCCAGAAUCUUUCUUGGUUCUGUUGCUGAACCACUGAAAGACCAGUGACAGUGACACCUGGUUCACCCAGAUAAGUAGACCCAUGUGCAUGUAGGUUGCUCCAGUUGGAGGUCUCCUAAUGCUAUUGUCAGAAAUUCUUAUUUCCUUCCUUAGCAGAUGGUAGUUGUUGUAGGGAGUGGUGGUAGUAAGAAAAAGGCAGUAGUAAUUAAUAAAAUAGUAGGCAUAGUUUUCUGGAUUCUUCCUCCUGUAACCCGGAGGCUGCCAUUAUUUGAUUCCAUAACAGUCUGUGAAUGCAGCAAAGUAGGAGCCACAACUAAACAUUGUCUGUUACAUAUAAAUCCACUUAACACACACGUUGGAUCUUUUAGCAUGCCAGAAACAUGCUUUUCACAGCUGUUAAUGGUUAAGCUUUCUGGCUCUCCCUAGGAGUAACUCAGAUGGGAAAGUGCUUUUCUAAAGAGAAUGGAGCAUGAGUGGAAUGCUUACCAUAAAUGUAUCAUAUUUUGCAACUUCUUUGAUCCAAAGAAACCGAAUCUGGGGGCACAUAAAUGCAAAUCUCAAGUUCUAAGCUGCUUGGAAAUAACCUUAUAUUUCUUAGAGCACAUGUUGAAUGGUGCAGCAUCAUAUUUUCAAUGCAAACAUACUUCGCCUAAUUCCUAAAUCACUGGGGCUAUCCCUUUCCCUAAUACGAAAAUAAACUCCUUUCUGAUUUUAAAUAUAUCUAUCCAUUUAGCAUCAAAUUCAUUCCCACCUUUCUGUUUACAAUAUUCAGGCACUUGGGGUGACUUGCAGUUUAAAACUGCAGAAUAUUAAACGUAAUAAAAUCCAUGCAAUUAAACUCAAAUUCAGUUUUACUUAAAUCAAUUAGCUGUUGGAAAACUGACAGACAACAAUGUUUUUUUUCCCCGUUUAUGGUUUUCUCUGGGAGUCCUAUAAUAGAAGGCCCCCUCCCAUCUGCCUGAGAGAGAGCUUCUCCUGCUAAUGUAACUAACAGGGCGGGUUCAAAGCCGGAGAGGCAGUUCUUGAUGAUUAGCUAUGGAAGCCAGAGAAAGGCAUUGAGUAGCACCUUUACCACAUAAUAAUAAUAAUAAUAAUAAUAAUAAUAAUAAUAAUAAUAAUAAUAAUAAUAAUAAUAAUAAUAAUAAUAAUAUGUUUUGUUUCAUAGAGGAUCAAGACUUAGUUCUUAGUGAAUCAGUGCUCUAUCAAGGCUUGGUCCCAGUUUCUUUGCCAUCAGUGAUUUUCUUUGAUAAAUGUGCACAUAUUUCUCAAAUGCAAUUGCUCUCUGCAAAGCUGUCUCCAUCCUUUGGAAACCUUUUUCUUUCUGUACCCUCCGAUGAGGAUAGCAUGAUAAGGAGGGGGCUGCUUAGGAGACAGUCCCUGAGUCUGCUUUUAGGCUAAGCAGAACAAGCUUAUUUAGUGUUGUAAGCACCGUGCAUACUGAGUAUUUUUUCAUGUGCCAUUUUUUAAAAAAUGAUUGAUGGGGUAAGGACCAGCAGCCUUACUUCCUAAAUUACUGGCAGCCAUGCUGUUUCACCCCAUAGAUCCAAAACAGGACCUUUGUUUUGCUACAACAAACUUGCACGGCUGUGCUUGUGAAGUAUGACUUCUUUGAUAUAGCUUGGAAAGAUCGAACUCUUGAAGUCUUUGGAGAUAAUGUUGAGGGCGUUACAGUAGCUUUAGAGCUGUACAGCUGACUGGAAAGUUUUCACAAUAUAAUGCAGAAUGUCAACUCUUAAGACCUCUGAAAAUCUAUUUUCUUCACAAUCCCCCAUCCUUUAGGAACUAAGGCCAAGCCAAAAAUUGUAUGUAUGUGAGCCUCUAAUAAUUGGGAGUAAAAACAUGUAUAUGCUGAAUACUUGCCCACUCUGCUCUUCAGUUUGUGGUUUGUCAAAGGCCUCCCAUCUUCAGCCUUCCUUGAUCACAUCUCAUCUAGCUUAUUAGAUGACCAUCCCCAUCAGCUUAGCCACACUGAUAACAGGUAAUAGGACUUGUGAACCAAUACAUCUAGAAGCCCUUUUCAAAAAUGGUUUAGGAAAGCAAAACACAGUAACAUUGUAGAAGAAGCUAUGGCUACUGCGCUCAUUUAUUUGUCCAUUCCACACAGACAAAUUUCCUUCCUAUCAUGGUAUUUUGCUUGCCAGUAACAUUCCUCCACAUCAUCUCAUAUAUCCAGGAAGUAAUCCAGUGGAACAAUUUCAAGCAAAUCACCCAAUUCAUGAAGUAUGAUUCACAUCUAGGGAUGUGCAUCACUUUGGAUCUGAAACAAAAAUGGUGAUCCGUAGUUGGCAGGGCCCACAUGCCACACCUGUUGGUGUCACCUUGCAUCUUUUCUGGGUUUGCAUAGUGGCCAUACAAUACUAGAAAAACAUGGCUGAGUUGAGGCAUUUAGGCCGACUCUAAAGCACCUUCCUGCAUAUUAUUGAUGACUCCUUAAAACAUAUUUUCCUUGGUUACCAUACAGUACAAGCCCAGACCAAAGAUGCAACUGCUUUAAGAAGGGACUUUAAAGAAGUAUAGUGUUCAUGCCCACAUCUACUUUUUUUAAAAAAAAUUGACCAAAACUUUACACAUAGUUUCUUUUUGUGUGCAGACAUUACCUUAGUAUGAGUAUGGGUUUACAUUGUGUUUGUUUUGCACAGAAGGGCAAUUUAGAACAGGCGUGUCCAACUUUUGCCCCUCAGGUUGCCCCUCCAUGCAGCCAUGGACAGCUACUAAUGCAGCCUCUAAAACUAAAGGAAGUUUGUUAUUGAUAUACAUUAACUAUGUUAUAUAUUUUAUAUGCAGCCCAAGAUAAUUCUCUUCACUGCAGUCCAGGCAAACUAAAAGGUCAGACAUGCCUGAUUUAGAGUGAUAGUUCAAAAGAAACUGAGCUAUUCCUAAGGCGAAAGAAAAAUGUAGGCAAAAUAUUUAAUCACCCUUGGUCUGCAUAGUAUCAAUAGCCUCCUCAGGCCCAAGGUCUGUGCCUCUUGCAAGUCAAAACUUUAUAGCCUAGAUAUUGAAUUGAUGGUGGGUUCUCUCUAUGGGCUUAGCCCCUUUGCAGCAUAAAUGGCUGGCAAGCAUCGCUGAGGCCCAUAGAUGUUGUUUUAGACCCCACGCCAGUGUCCUGAGACCACCAACCAAUCCAUUUGCCUGAGAAACUAAUCCUUGGGAAGAAUUCAUAUCUUGUGUGCAAAUGGGCGGCUUGAUGUGCAUCUUGUGUGCACUUGAAUGCAUGUACAUAUGUAUCUUUGCCUCUUUGCAGUCUACACUGUUUUCUUUAUAGAACAAAGAGGUCCAUUGCCACCUGAAAAUUGGCAAGUAUUAUAUUCCGGAUUUUUUCCCCCAAAGGGUUUGUGUGGGCUGAAAUAUUUUAUUCAUAUGUGUCAGGAUAUGGGGGCUUAAAAAUUGUUGUUUACUCUGGACCAAAUUCUUGUUUUUUCUCGAUGUUGCUGUUCCUCUUUUUUAUCUCCUUCAUUUUUCUUCUGUUAUUAAUAUUCGUACUGGGGAUUUGGGAUUUUGUACUUUUCCCGUAAGUAAUAUAAUUUGAGCAGAGCUGUGUCUGAGAGAAAUAACUGAUAAAUUGAAAUGAGGAUGGUAAUGUGGGGAAGACCCAGUUUAUUUUUUUCUUUAUGAUGGUAGUUUUCUAGACAGCUACAUCAACUAUUGUUUCAAAGGAGCUUCCAAUGGGAAAUAUAGUGCCAAAAAUCUAUUUUUAAUUGAGUAGAAGAAUACUAUUCUAACUUUUGUCAGAAAAUAACAUUUUCAUUUUCACUUACUAUUGUGAUUUUUUUUUCCUGUCUGGGCUGUGCUACUUAGCUGUUGUUAAAAGGAAAAAGUGAACAAAUCAAGUUUGCUCUUCAUGAAAAGUACGCAAAGUUCUUCUGCUGAAAUUUUCUUCUUCAGGAAGUCCUGCCAUGAAAAAAAGGGGAACACUGACCAUUAUACUCUGAAUGGAGAUGAACUCUUUGAGUCUAGAUAAUGGAGGGUAUGCCCCCAAAGGAAAGACUUUCUGUAUCUCUUUACAGUUGACAAGAUGCAGCACCCAUUCAUUUAUUCAAGACUGAAUGGAUUGGCUCCUUCCUUCCUUCCUUCCUUCCUUCCUUCCUUCCUUCCUUCCUUCCUUUCAUCCAUCCAUCCAUCCAUCCAUCCAUCCAUCCAUCCAUCCAUCCUUCCCUACUUAUCUACCUACCUAAAAAAUAUCUGUUUGUUUUGCAGUGUUACAUGGUUAAUGAGUCCUACUUGAACUCCUGGUUGGAGUGUAAAAAUCUCUUCACCGAACCCUCAAAAACCAGGCUGCAUUGUGUUCCCAUGAUGCAAGGGUGUAUUUCCUUCUGAUGAUUGGGAAAAAGCUUUCUGAAUGUUGGCUUUUCUCCAGACAAUGAAAAUUAACUCAUUUACAGAGGGUUUUUUUUUUGUUGGGGGGCGGGGGGGAAUUCAUCUCUAAGUAGCUUUUAAAACCUUUGUAAACAAUGCAAGCCUAUGAAUGGUUUGGCUGUCUGCUAUCCUGCACAAGAGAAAGAGAAUCUAUGUCAGGUUUCUCCAACCGAGUGUUCUCCAGAGAUGUUGGACUACACCGCCUAUCAUUUCCAGCCAGCGUUGUUCUCGGAGGGCGUCUGGCUGAUGGAAAAGUCUAAGCUCGUAACGGCUUUCAGCAGGCGUUUGCUGAAGUACAACACUAGAUUUGAUACACAGGGAAAUGUGGAAUUACUGCACUGACUUAGCAACAACACUGCCUGCGUAAAGCUACACCUAAAGUGUAUCGGGCUGGCAAGCUGUCCUCCAUUCAUUAAGCAGGGCUUUUGGAAGACCUGCUGGAGGAUGGACUUAACCCUUCAGCCAGCUGCAUUCCUAGGUUCCCAGAGUGCUCUGGGAGUGUUCACAAGUAGCCUUCCAGUUGCAGAUGCAGAGCCAGGUUGUCUUGAGAUUUCACUUGCCUUGCAGGUCAGAGGGCAUAGCACAGAGGGCACAGGCUCUACCAGCACAGUCAGCUGAGACUCAGACAUGCAAGAGAAGAAUUGGGGAAGAGGCAUCCAAUCUGGAAAUACAAGCAUUUGUGGUGAAAUCUACAAACCCUGCCGCACUAUGCCUAGAACGGGAAGAGCUGCUGAGGCUCUGGCCAAUGGACUUUCCCCCUUGCUCCCUCCUCAGAAUUGAGGGGAAACCUACAGAACCCCUGAAGAACCUUCCCACCCCCCCACCCCGCUUUGUGUGCUGUUCUCAGUAUGGUGUUUACGUGCCAUAUGGAUUUAUAGUACCAAGCAAUGCUGAAUUGUUAAAGAGUAAUUUUGCCUUUUGAUUUCUUUUUUUCUCCCUUUCUUUAUAUCUUUAGGGUACUACUUGUAAACCUGUUGGAUAAUAAAAUUUUCUCCAAAAUACCCAAACAAACCCAACACAACAA